CCGCCCUUGGCUCGUGGAAGGGGCGGAACCGGGAUCUCACCCAGUCCCAGAGGAGCCGGAAGUGCCUAGUGAUUGCGGGGCCGAAGACACCUACCGGCUGACUCGGCACUCAGAGGCUCCCGGCGCCCUGGAUGGCUUUACCCGGUGCCCUGAUGUGACAGACGUGGGCAUCAGCACUUGAAGAAGGGAGGCGGUCAUCCAAGAGCCCCACGGCGGGUCGGGAUUAGAACCCACAGCCUUAGGCGCACCACCCACCCCGUCACUGCUGCCCGUCCGUGGAGGUGCGCUGAGGACCACAGCGGAGCGCGGUGGCCCAGGCCAUGGUCCCAGCGCAGCCUCCCUUUACCAGCACAGCCAUGAACUACGUGGGGCAGCUGGCGGAGACCGUGUUUGGGACGGUGAAGGGGCUGUACCGGGGCCUGAACCCGGCCACGCUGAGCGGUGGCAUCGACGUGCUGGUGGUGAGGCAGGCGGACGGCUCCUUCCGGUGCUCGCCCUUCCACGUGCGCUUCGGCAAGCUGGGCGUCCUGCGCUCGCGGGAGAAAGUGGUGGACAUCGAGAUCAACGGGGAGCCGGUGGACUUGCACAUGAAGCUGGGGGACAAUGGGGAGGCCUUCUUCGUCCAGGAGCUGGAGAGUGAUGAGGAAGAUGUGCCUCCCCGCCUGUGCACAUCACCCAUCCCUUGGGGGGGCCUGUCUGGGUUCCCUUCGGACUCCCGGCUGGGCACAGCCAGCGAGCCUCAGGCUAGCAUCGCGGGCACAGCCUCCACGGGGCGGAAGAAGAAGCGUCGCAGGAGGAAACCCAGGCGGAAGGAGGAUGCGGUGGUGGCCGAUUCUAGUUCAGAGGAGCUAGAGGCAGGCUCUGAGAGUGAGCUGUCCCUGCUGGAAAGGCCGAGGCUGGAGCCCCCGGGAAGUGUCCAGCCAGAAGGAGAGUCCUCACCGCAGCCCAAAGAUAUCUACCCCUACUCUGAUGGAGAGUGGCCCCCCCAGGCCAGCCUCUCGUCGGGAGAGCUAACAUCCCCCAAGAGUGACUCGGAGCUGGAGGUACGGACCCCUGAAGCCAGCCCCCUGAGAGCUGAGUCCCACGUGCAGUGGGCCUGGGGGAGGCUGCCUAAGGUGGGCAAAGCGGAGUGGCCCGCGUCCUCAGUGGUCCCUGACGGCAGCUCCAGGACAGCCUCUCCACCUCAGGGAGGGCCCAGCACCCCCUCCGCCUCUGUGGUUGACAUGGACCCUUCCGGAACCCAAAUCCUGCAAACAGGGGCUGGCACUGACCUUCUUCAGCCUGACACGGAGGCACCCACUCUGGUGGGUCCCCCUCUCCCCACCCCCGAGAGAGAGGAAGCCAAGACACAGUGUUCCGGGGAUGCAGGCCUCCCUCCUCCCUCUAAGUCGUGGAGCUGGGCUGCUUUGGAGGUCCCCGCUCACACCGCGCAGCUGGAUGGGGUCUCCAGGAGGAAAGGCUCCCUGAAGAGAAGCCAGCACCUGGGCCCCAGUGACAUCUACCUGGAUGACUUGCCCUCCUUGGAUUCGGAGAAUGCAGCCCUUUACUUCCCCCCGAGCGGCUGUGGGCUGGGGGCCAGGACGUGCGGUGAACUCAGCAGCCAGAAGUCCCUGGGGGACUGCAGCCCCGAGCAGGAGCCAGAGCCCAGUGUGGACACAGCGGACACGGUGGUGCUGUCCCUCUGUGGGGGCCUGGCUGGCAGCGGGGGCAUCUCUGUGGGACCUUGUCCAAAACCCCGGCCUCCUGGACGACCCGAACCUGGUGGUGAAGAUCAACGAGAAGUGGGUACUGGGGCUGGGCUGCUGGGUCGCCCCGCCGUCCACGGCCCUAACACCCCCAUCUGUCUCUGCAGGCAUUACAACUGGGCUGUAGCUGCCCCCAUGAUCCUCUCCCUGCAAGCCUUCCAGAAAAAUUUGCCCAAGAGCACCGUGGACAAGCUGGAGAAGGAGAAGAUGCCCCGAAAGGGAGGGCGGUGGUGGUUUUCCUGGCGGCGCAGGGACUUUCCAGCCAAGGAGUGCAGUGCCCAGAGGGAGAAAAUCACAGCACGGGAGCAGCGGGGGGAGAAAAGCGAAGCCCUGAGCAGUGAGGACGACGUCCCCGACAGCCCCGUCAUCCUGGAGGCCCCCUCACCACCCCUCUCGCCUCCGGCCCAUGCUCCUACCUACAAGAAGUCCCUCCGCCUCUCCUCCAGUCAGAUCCGGCACUUGAACCUGCAAGAAGGUGCCAACGAUGUGGUCUUCAGCGUGACCACCCAGUACCAGGGCACCUGCCGCUGCAGGGCCACCAUAUACCUGUGGAAAUGGGACGACAAGGUGGUCAUCUCAGACAUCGACGGCACCAUCACCAAGUCGGAUGCUUUGGGCCACAUUCUGCCCCAGCUGGGGAAAGACUGGACACAUCAGGGUAUCACUAGUCUCUACCACAAAAUCCACCUAAAUGGAUACAAGUUCCUGUACUGCUCGGCACGGGCCAUUGGCAUGGCUGACCUCACCAAGGGGUACCUGCAGUGGGUGAGCGAGCGGGGCUGUGGCCUCCCCAAGGGCCCCAUCCUGCUGUCUCCCAGCAGCCUCUUCUCCGCCCUGCACAGGGAGGUGAUUGAGAAGAAGCCGGAGGUGUUCAAGAUCGCCUGCCUGGGUGACAUCCAGCAGCUCUUUCUGCCCCAGGAACAGCCCUUCUAUGCCGCCUUCGGGAAUAGGCCCAACGAUGUCACUGCCUACCGGCAGGUCGGCCUGCCUGCCUCCCGCAUCUUCACAGUCAACCCCCGGGGAGAGCUCAGCCAGGAGCUCACGAAGAACCACAAGUCCACGUACGAGCGGCUCAGCGAGGUGGUCGAACUCCUCUUCCCGCCUGUGUCUCGUGGCCCCAGCGCAGACCUGGCCAACCCUGAAUACAGCAACUUCUGCUACUGGCGGGAGCCGCUGGUCCCUGUGGACCUCAGCGCCUUGGCCUGAACCUGCCCCGGCU